AUGUCCGACCUCGACGCAGACCUUUACGGCGAUCUCUACGGCAAUGACGAGCAAGAAUAUGCGGUCCCGACUCAGCACGCCGAGGAACCUACCCCAACAGAAGCUCAGGACACGCAGGCACCGCAAAACAUUCAGCCAACCAAGGCGAACCUGGAGAAGCCACCCGAAAGUAUCAACUCACCUGUAUCGAACCCAGCUGUUGCUGCAAGUACCGCACCAUCAAGUGUUUCCAAUGGCUCCGCAAUCCCAUCCUACACGUCCGACUCGGCACAGCCUAUACAGACGUACCAGGAGCGCCAGGCGGAUGACUAUAGGGAGGUGCAACAGCCUCAUCAAGAUUUCCAGGCCGGAGGGCCUGCCGACCGACCCGUGCGACCCUCAGAAAUGAAGGAGGAAGGGUGA